AUGGGCGAUCUCAAUUUCGGCCAGACAAGCACGCUUCGCCCGCGAAAAGACGACAACCUUCCGGCAGUGGAUAGACCCGCGUUUUUUCUCUUGGUACUCCUCUAUAUGCUCCAGGGGGUGCCUGUCGGACUCGCAUUCGGCUCGGUGCCGUUUAUCCUUAAAUCGCACCUUUCGUACGCCCAGGUGGGGAUUUUUUCGCUCGCAGCGUACCCUUACUCGCUUAAGCUCUUGUGGUCGCCAAUAAUUGACGCGAUCUUCUAUCCGAAGCUUGGCCGCAGACGCAGUUGGAUCAUUCCCGUGCAGCUCUUCAGUGGGCUUACGCUCAUUUUCUUGGGACUGCGCAUCGAAACGUUGCUCGAGCGGCCGGAGGAAAACCUUACCGCGAUUACCAGUGCGUUUUUCUGUCUCGUGUUCUUGUGUGCCACACAGGACAUUGCAGUUGACGGCUGGGCGCUCACUAUCCUCUCCCCCUCCGCGUUAUCCUUUGCAUCAACCGCACAGACGAUCGGGAUCAACACGGGCUACUUUUCCUCCUUCACGGUGUUUUUGGCCUUUAACUCUCCAGAGUUUGCUAACAAGUACUUGCGCAAGGUGCCCAUAGACGCUGGUCUCGUCUCGCUCAACGGAUACUUGAAGUUCUGGGGCGUGAUGUACCUUCUCAUCACGUGUAUCGUGAUGGUGGUUCCGGAGUAUCCUCGCCAUUUGGCCAAGUAUCAAAAGUCAGGAAAACGCAGCACGGGGCUUCGUGCCAUCGCCAACGUCUAUCGCUCCAUGUUCCAGGUCUUGAAGUUGCGCAACGUGCAACUAUUGAUCUUGAUUCACCUCGUGUGCAAGAUUGGCUUCCAGACCAACGAGGCCGCGACUAACUUGAAGCUCCUAGAGCGCGGGUUUCUGAAGGAGGACCUUGCGAUCACCGUGCUUAUUGACUUUCCGUUCGAGAUCAUCUUUGGUUACUAUGCUGCGCGCUGGUCCAACGGGAAGUCCCCGCUCACUCCGUGGCUCUAUGGCUACCUCGGCCGCUUGCUGUCCGCGGCGUUGGCCCAAUUUCUUGUGUACAACUUCCCCGCGAACGGUGAGGUCACCAAGGGGUACUUUGUAGCCGUUAUAAUGCAGCAUUUGCUUGGGUCCUUCAUGCUGACGAUCCAGUUCGUUUCUAUCUGCGCGUUCCACACUAACAUCGCCGAUCCAUUGAUUGGAGGCACGUAUAUGACCACCUUGAAUACGUUAUCCAACUUUGGUGGCCAGUGGCCGAGAAUCAUUGUACUCUCCAUGAUUGACACGUUUACUGUCAGCACCUGCCAGGCGCCGGAGGGGGCCAGUCCGUUGGAAUAUGGCUUCAGCUGUGUAGCAGAUGCGGGGAAGGAGCUGUGUAAGGCUCUCGGGGGUCUCUGUGAGACCACCAGAGACGGUUACUACUACACUAAUACCGUGUGUAUUGUCUUGGGGCUCCUCAUCUGGGUGUGGUUGAAAAAACAGGUUGGCGGGUUGCAGAGUUUGCCGAUAUCGUCCUGGAGGGUUGUUCAAGUAUGCCCAAGACAAAAAUAG